UGUCAAUCUGACAGGAUUUUAUAGUGCCACAUCAAGGUUCAGAAUAUGCGAAAUUGCUACUUUUAGAAGUUGUUCUCAUUAUUCGAGUACAGUAGCUUCGAUUUAUCGUAAUAAGUGGCGUUGUUUAGAUGGCAGUCUCGUUUCAUGAAAUAAUUUCACCAACAAUAUUGAUGAAAUAUCAAGAAUCACAUCUGCACCUGACAACUAAGCAGAGGAUAAAAUGAGUGACGAAGGAUUUGACAUGUGCGAGUACAUGUGGGACCCAAAUGUUGUCAUGCGCCGUCUUCUUUCAAUUUUACGGCAAAGACAGGCGUACUGCACUGACAACGAGUGUCUUAAUGACGGUGCACUUCCCGGACCCGGUACCCCUCCGGCUUAUUCGGAUUUUUUUUUAAUGAUCAUAGCCUUUGCGUUCAUAGCACUUAUGCUCGCAUUUAGGCCAAGGUCACUUCGGGGAGGACACGGAAGUAAUGACACGAAGAGGCGUGAUCACGAUGCUAAAUGGGUCCUCGUGGAAAUCCACCAAUGCCGCCACCAACAGCUGAUUGAAAGUAAACAGAUAAAAUUAAAUACUGCUGAAGACGUCUUUAUAUACCUAAACCCUGCUGCGCUUGAAAGUUUUAAAUAAAAUAAAUCUAUAGAACGAUAACUCGUUUGUUUCACAUUAUAUUGAUAUAUUGAUAGAUGCAAUUUUAUGAUAAAAAAAAAACCAAGGACUAACUUGACAUUAGCUACAUAAGUGUGAUGCAUUAGUAUGUUUUUAAAGAAAUUAAUAAUAUGAAAUCAUGGGUCAUGUUGGUCCCUAUAACUCAUUUUGCUGGUCAAGAUGAUUGUAUUAACGAUCAACCAAAAGAGAAUGCAUAAUAUUGACAUAAAAGCAUUUAGACGGGAAUUUUGCACUUUUGUAGUUCAGUUUUGAAUCGCUAUAUUUUCGGUUCUAUUCAUCGUAGAAUUAUGCAUACAAAAAAACUAGUUCGUGAAGAGCAUGAUAGGGCUUGCGCAACGAGCUAACUGUCAAUCUAAGUUUAUACGUUACGUUAAUGCUCUUCUUCUUGCUUUAUUCAAUGAUUCAACAUACCAGUUAGACUAUAUAAUUCUGACCUAUCACUUUAUCAAUAUUAUUAUUUACUUAUCUUAUAUAUCACUUAAUAAACUUAGUACUUUAGUUCAAUUAUAUUUAAGGGCUAUUCAAACGAAGGUAAUGCUUUAGUUCAUGAACUUGCCUGGCAAAGUGGGAAAGCAAAGAAUGAGUUAGUUGUAUGUGAAGCAGAAUGCAGUUGCGUAAAAAGUUAUAGAGCACGGAGUUAUGUGAAGGCUAGUGUAAUACGUAUGGCAUAAUUAACGCCAUCAUCAUUGUUCAAAUGAUUGAUUGUAAUAACCUCUGGGCUCAGAAAUCUGUGUUGAAUAAUUACAAAUGUGUAUUAUGUUGUUACCUUAUAAAUUGUUUAAUCCUCGCGCAAA